CGUCACAAUUAGUGGCGAUUAGGGGUUAGUGAUAGAUCGGCUUUAAUUCCAGAAUAUUUCCGAAAGUUUGGAUUACGUAUUCGGAUUGUUCCCGAAAUUGGGUCGAAUAUCUGGCACUUUCUCGCAACAUAGUUACCCCUAUCGCUAAUUCCAUGCAAAAUAUCGUGCGAAAAUGAUCGUCGAUCAAGUGGACGCAUUUAAAAGCUGGCUGACAGCUGUUUUGAAGCCCAUGUGCGAGGCCGAUCCCGCCGCAUUGGCAAAAUACGUUUUGGCGUUGAUUAAGAAAGACAAAACGGAAGCGGAACUGAGGAAAAGCAUGGUCGGCCAACUCGAAGUUUUCUUAGAAGGGGAAACUGAAAAUUUCGUCAGCCUGGUUUUCCAAACUUUGGCCACAAAGGAUUACAUAACCACGCCGGUAAUACCAAACGCCAACCCCCCCAACCCGAACGUACUCAAGUCCAAGGACGGGAAGGAGGCGAAAAUCAUAGUGCAACCCAGCGAACUGCCCAACCUGAGCGAGGCGGUCAACGGGGCCGCCCCCAAAAAGGAACCGGAAAUCAAGAGGGACCGGUCCAGGAGAAAUUCAGAAACGGAAAAGGAGGAGAGGGUGCGACGGAGAUCGCGACACAGGUCAACCUCGCCACGAGUCCGGUCGCGGUCCCGGUCUUGGGAAAGAAUGAAAAAGUCCCGCUCGAGAGAAAAAUCGAGGGAACGGGACCAGCAGCACCGGAUGGACCGCGAGAAGCGGACGCGGGGCGACAGGCCCUGGCGAAAUAAAUCGCCGACGCGGAGGUACGAUCGGCGCCGGUCGCGGACGCCGUCGCCGACGCGGGCCCGCUCCAGGUCCCGUAGUCCCAGGCACUCGCACCGCCCCAGGUACCGCUCGAGCAGGAGCCGCUCACGGUCCAUCGAGAAGAGGGAGCGGCGCGAUUCCAAGGACGUGCGGCCCGACACGCCGACGGCCGACUCCGGGGGCGGCGACGUUGACAUGCGCGCCAACCCCCCGGGCAACAAGCGCCGCUGCCGCGACUUCGACGAGAAGGGCUACUGCAUGCGGGGCGAGAUGUGCCCCUUCGACCACGGCAUCGACCCGGUCGUGCUGGAAGACGCCGCCCUCACACGGGUCCUCACCUACGACCUGAACGGCGACGCGGGCGGCCCGCUCGCCGCUCCCCUGCCACCGGUCGCGCCGCCCGGGGUGAUAGGCGCCCCGCUGCGACACCCCGGCGGCGAGACGCCGUACAACCCGCAGGCGCCGCACAUGUGGAGGGACGGGCGGUUCCGCGGGCCGCGGCCGCCCCCGCUAGGCGCCAUCAGGAUGCCCGGCCAAUUCCUGCUGCAGCCCCCGCCCGGCAUGCAGCGAGAACUCAUUCCGGUGCCGGUCGUGAUGGAUGGCGGCAAACCGCCGGGCUAUCCGGCGGGGCCCCCUUACGGUCCGCCCGCACCGCCUCCGCUCGGUUACGGGCCCGGGGAGGGCGGCGUCGCUUUGCCGCCCGGCGGCCCGUACGCGAAGAAGAAGCCGUUCGAUUAUGGACGGCUCGGUCCGCGCGCCAAGAAUCCCGCCAAUUGCUCGCUAGAGCUGAAGAAGGUGCCCGUCGGCAUGAACACCAUCACCCACCUCAACAAUCAUUUCGCCAAGUUCGGGAAAAUUGUCAACAUCCAAGUGCAGUACGAGGGCGACGCGGAAGCGGCCCUCAUCACGUUCUCGAGCCAUGCCGAGGCGAACGCGGCGUACCGCAGCACCGAGGCGGUCCUCAAUAAUCGCUUCAUCAAGGUGUUUUGGCAUAACGCGGCCGCCAACAACGACAAACAGGAGAACGUGCCGCCGCCGGCGCAGCAGAGGCCGGUCAAGGACCGUCUGGGGGGCGGGCCGGUGGUGGUGCCCAACAGUAACAAGGUGCUGAAUCUCGUGCAACCGAAGGCGGACGACGCAGACAAGGAAGAGGCCAAGCCCGAGAUAACCAAAGAGGAGACCAAGGCGCAAGCGACGGUCGCCAUAAAAAAGAACCAGGACCUGAUCGCCGCGCAGGUCAAGGUCAACAAGAACAAGGACGAGCAAAGGAAAGAGGUGCUCAAGAUACAGAGCGACCUGCGCAAGAGGAAGCAAGAGCUGCUCGACAAGCAGCUGUCGCAGCAGAAGAUCCUCAUCGAUAAAAUGUCGAAACUGGCGCCCGGGCCUCAGCGCGACGUCGUCAAGGAGACGAUCAAGAAAACGCAGGAGGCGAUCGAGGCCAUCAAGAAGGACCUCGAGCAGGCGGCGUUGGCCGCGAAACGCGCCACCCUGUCCGCGCGCAAAACCAAAGAGCAGGCGCAGAAGGAGCUACUCGACACGGAGCUCGAUUUGAUCGCGAAGCAGCAGGAGGGCGCGGACACCACCGAUAUCCAGAAGAAGCUCGCGGAACUGAAGGCGAUCGUGGGGGCCGCGGCAGCGUCGAAAGGCGGUCGGGGCCGCGGACGGGGGCGGUACGUGCCGCCCGUCAUCGGCCGACACCUGCUAAGCAAAAACAACCUGAUCGAUAAAGCCAAAGGCGGCGGCGUCGUCAAAGUAGUGAACCGGGCGUCCGCGGCUCCUAAGCAGCACGCCGUGGACCACAGGCCCGCGCGUCUCCUCGUGUCCGGCUACGAGGCAGAUGAGCAGGACGCGGUGCUGACGCAUUUUCAACAAUUCGGCGAGGUAGUCGAGUACGCGAUCGACUCGUCAUUGCCAAGCAUCACGCUGAACUAUAAGGCGCGCAAGGAAGCGGAGACCGCGAUGCUGAAGGGCAAGCAUUUCCAGGACCGGACCCUAUCUGUGACGUGGUCGACCGGGGGCGGCCGACUGCAGACGCAGAGGAGCGGCGGCUCGUCCACGAGAACCGCGCUGCUCUCCGAAUCGGAGGAGGAGCACCUGAUCGAUCAAAGCUUGCUCGAGGGCGAGGAAGAGCUGGGACCGGAGAUUUCCGAGGAGGCGCUGUUGCAAGACGACGAGGAGGAAGACGAGGAAGACCGCUCGUGGCGCCGAUAGUCCCGGCGAUUUCGGGACGCCGCUCGAGAAUAAUAAUUAGAGUCGUUUUUGGGUGAUUG